AUGUCUCGGCGACGCGCAUUUGAGGACAAUGAAAUCACGUUAUCUCACCAUAACAAAAGGCCUCGCUCUGGACUCACCUCUUAUGACUGCUACACCGUAGCCUGGAUGUGCGCGCUUCACAUCGAGAUGGCAGCAGCGCGCGCAAUGCUCGACGAAAAACACGACAGCCCCCCAAAGACAGAUAGCAACUCCUAUGUUCUAGGGACUAUUCAAAAACAGUACGUCGUCAUAGCCUGUCUACCUGCUUCAGCAUAUGGUACCAACAACGCGGCUAUCGUUAUGAGCAAUUUAAAACGGACUUUUCCAAACAUCGACGUUUGUUUAAUGGUUGGUAUUGGCGGCGGUGUCCCUACCAAGGCAGAUAUACGACUUGGAGAUGUUGUCGUCGGAACGAGGGUUAUGCAAUAUGAUCUAGGAAAGACGAUUAAUGGGGAGCUGCAGCGUACUGGAGUUUACAAGCAUCCUGGUUCUUCUAUCCUCACUGUCAUCUCGAAUCUGCGCUCGCGACAUGAGCUGGAAGGGAGCAGAGUACCGACCAUUCUGAAAAACAAGAUGGAGGGCCAUGUGGCGUAUGGAUUGCCAACGGAACCGGAUCGGCUUUUCGAAUCAUCCUACAAUCAUCCUUGUCCAGACUUUUCUUGCGACGAAUGCGAUCAAGAUAGACUAGAGGCCAGAAAGACACGAAGCUCUACCGACCCGGUCGUAUACUACGGGGGCAUCGCAUCCAGCAACCAGGUGAUGAAGGAUGCCACUUGCCGAGACAAAAUCGCUAGUGAACUUGAUGUUCUGUGUUUCGAGAUGGAAGCUGCUGGAUUGAUGGAUAUCGAAUCUUGUUUGCCCAUUCGUGGCAUCUGUGAUUAUUCGGAUUCUCACAAGGCUAAAGGCUGGCAGCGAUAUGCCGCUGCAACUGCAGCUGCUUACGCGUAUGAGCUUCUGGAAGUGAGAGGACAGGAUACACGAGAUAGAGAGGCUGAUCACAUCUUGAGCACUGCGCCAGCGGAACAAAGACCAUCGGGUUCAACGGAACGCCAUGGCCAGUUACUCGAGGCCUUGAACUUCGAAGCAAUAGAUGCUCGAAAGACAACCAUCAAGGCUGCUCACUCAAAAACGUGCCACUGGUUCCUAAAACAUGAAGACUACUUGGCAUGGAAAGACCCUGCAAAGGUAUCGGAACAUCAUGGCUUCCUCUGGAUACGUGGUAAACCGGGAGCUGGCAAGUCCACCAUCAUGAAGUUUAUCUACCUUCAGACCAGGAAGAAGGACAAGAAGAACCAGGUUUUAACAGCAUCCUUCUUCUUCAACGCCCGCGGUGAAACCCUGGAGAGAACUAUCUCUGGCAUGUAUCGCUCUCUACUACUGCAAUUAUUCAAAGGCUUUCCUGAUCUGCAGUGCGUCUUGGACGACACUGAUAUUCUUCCCGAAAACCAAAACAAUUGUCCGUCGCUGAACUGUCUCAAGGACUUACUCCGCAGUGCCGUCUUGAAACUUGAUCAAAGGUCACUUACAUGUUUUAUCGACGCCCUCGACGAGUGCGAUGAACAACAAGUCAUGGACCUAGUCAGCUUCUUCGAACAAGUCGCAGAGACAUGCACAGAGAAUGACGUCAACCUUCGAAUCUGCUUCUCAAGCCGGCAUUACCCCUACAUCGAUAUUGACCGGGGUAUGCGCCUCACUGUUGAGAACCAAGAGGGCCAUGCCAAUGACCUGGAGAGUUACAUCAAGUCCAACCUUCGGAUCAAGGACCCGGCUCUUGUUGCACAACUCCAAGAGAGGAUGUUAGUGAAAGCAUCUGGGGUCUUCCUGUGGGUCGUUCUGGUCGUUGACGUACUGAAUGAUGAGAAUCGUCGUGGUCGACUUAACCUUCGCAAUAGACUCGAACAAGUGCCCAAUGGCCUGAGCGAGCUCUUCAAAGACAUUCUUAGAAGAGACAAGGCCAACGCCGAAGAGCUUCAACUAUGCCUUCUUUGGAUUCUUCUCAGUAAAAGACCUCUGAAACCAGCAGAGUACUACCACGCUCUUUGGUCCGGGCUAUCAGUACAAGGACUGGCGGAUUCUGAUAUGCCAAGCGUUCAUACAAGUGACGCUACUGACUGCUUUUACAAAAGUGUCGUAAGCUCUUCCAAAGGACUUGCUGAGAUUACUAAAUCGAAGCAACCGAUAGUUCAGUUCAUUCACGAGUCCGUUCGUGACUUUCUUGUCAAGGAUAACGGUCUUGCUGAGAUAUGGCCGGAGCUGAAAACUGACUGGGAAAGCUUUGGCCACAACAAGCUGAACCUUUGCUGCAAUUUUUAUUUCAGAUCCUACGUGAUUUUCAUAAGGAAGAUUACUGGGAAUCAGCCCGCAGAGUUUUACUCUGAAGAUACUAUUCAAGAGCUUCGUGGGGGUAUCGAGAACUACGCCUUCCUGGGGUAUGCUUGUCAGUUCGUUUUAUAUCAUGCAAACCGUGCCGCUGUUAGAUACUGUCAACAGAGGUUUAUGGGGGAGUUCCGAAUCCGUACUUGGAUUGCUGUUUUCAAUGGGUUUGAAAAACACAAAGUUCGCAGGUAUACUACAGAAGCAGAACUGUUGUACAUACUCGCGGAUGGUGGAUAUUCGUCUUUGAUCCGGACGCGGCUUAAAGCCGACUCACGCAUAGAUUUGGCCAGUGAUGGAGAGAGAUAUGUGUACCCUCUCAUAGCUGCCAUGGCUCGAGGACAUAGGGACAGUGUCUUAGCCCUUCUAGGGCUAUCUUCUCCACUUCAUAACGGAAUAGACGUUAUGGAAGGAAUGAAGUCCAGGAUUCAUUCUAGUGGUAAACGUCGCACUCCCCUUGCUUGGGCUUGCCAGAAUGGUUAUCUUGGUAUUGCCAAACUACUCGUCCAACGUGGUGACUCCACAGAAACGGAUAACAAAUGGUCGUUGUUAAUACACGCGGUAAAAGGCGGCAGUUUUGACACAGCCAAGUGGCUGGUGGAUUUCGGAGAAGAGUUUCGAGACACUUCAAUCAUUUUGCGGGCUGUAGAGAAUGGUCAUGCAGAUAUUGUGGAGUUGCUCCUGGAACGGGGUGUCGAUGCUAAUUGUAUCAUGUUCAAUCGAAACUUGGUGACUCCCAGCCACUCUGGUUUGAUAUCAAUACCUGAACUCGCCUUAGACCGCGAUCAUGAGGCGGUAGCGGACGUCAUACUGAAGAAAGGAGGGGAUGCUGAAUUUGCGGAUAGUACUGGCAAGCGCCCCAUACACUAUGCCAGGUCGAAGGCAGUAAUGAUGACUCUGAUACGCCAUGGAGCUAGGAUUAAUCACUGCGAUGAUAUGGGCCAGACGUGCUUCUGGAACGCUACGAAUCAUUUUGAGUUUGGAGACUUCGAGUGGUUGAUCAGACAAGACGUGGAUAUCAAUACACGAAGGAAUGACGGCGAAACUUGUCUUUUCAGAGCUGUGAAGCUUGGGGACGUCGAAAAGAUUGACCUCCUCUGCCAUCAUGGGGCAAAAGUUAACGCUGAAGACAACGAAGGCAAUACAUGCCUGCAUUGCAUUCCUAUACUUCAAAAUUAUGUUCCGGUACUUCAAGUCCUUCUUAAAAAUGGGGCAAAUCCAAACACGGCAAACGCAAAGGGCGAGACAAUGCUGCAUCAAUUGGCUAGACGGAGAGACCAACUGAGACACUUGGGUCGUGAUGACUGUUUCAAUAUUUUUCAAAAGCACGGGAUGGACAUAAAUGCCCGUAAUAGUCACGGCAACACGCCUUUACAUUUUGCCGCAAUGUACGCCGAGGAUGACGUGUUGGACGCUUGGCUUCGUCUUGGUGCGGACAUCAACCAUUGCAAUAAUGAAGGUGAGAAGCCACUGGACUAUGCCAUAAAGAGUUUUAACGAGGAGGGUGCAAGCUUUCUUAUUCAAAGAGGAGCAGAGAGUGGCCUUCGGAUAUCCAAUCAUCAACAUCACACUCAGCGGAUCUAG